GUAGCGAAUCAGUUUGAUCAGGAAAGAACUAUUGAAAACUUCUAUCAGCAAAAUGAGCUGCUGGAAAGUUUAUUGUCAGGAAAUAAGGUUAUCAGUAUUAUGGGUCUUAAACAACUGAAUAAAUUUGGGAGCGAACGUAAACACCAUUCAAUCUUAACAAAUAUUUCAUUAGGUAAAAAUGUGUUGAAAAAUCAUAUGAAUAUUUUAGAUACUCUAGCGAUUAUUGCACCACUAUCUCAAAUUUAG